AUGAUGCGUCGGUUCUUUUCGUCUUUGUCCCGCUGCUCUUCGUGCUCUCGCCCGCUAGCGACACGGCUACCAGCAUGUAAUCAGUGUGGGUGGAUCUCACCAAUACCCUCCUCAAUCGGCUUCCAUGAGCUAUUCUCCCUCCCUGCGCGUCCUAAUCCAUUCGUUGUCGACCACAAUCUCCUGAAACGGCGAUUCCGAGAAGCUCAAGCAGCUUGCCAUCCGGAUUCGUGGACUUCUAAGGGUCAAAACAAACAAGACAUCGCUCAAAGCUUAUCCUCACGGUUGAACGAGGCCUACAAUACCCUUGCUAAUCCGCUGCGACGUGCGGAAUAUAUACUUGAACAAAAUGGCUUCCCCAUUUCGGAGACUGACCAGGUUGACGAUGUCGAACUCAUCAUGGAUGUAAUGCAAACUCGCGAAAGCAUCGAAGAGGCCUCCAACAACCAAAUUCUAUCAGAAAUUAUGGACAUAAACUCCCAGAAGAUUACGCAGACUGUUAUGGAGUUAGAAGAGGCUGUUGGUCGAGAGGCUUGGCCAACGGUCAAGGACGCUGCUAUCCGUUUGAGGUAUCUUGAAAGUAUUGAGAGUGCUGGGAAGGGGAAAUUAGAACAAAUACUUGUUUGUCUCUACAUGCUGUCCCGCCUUGGUACUUGCGCUUUGAUGCAAGCAAAGCGGGCAGCAUCUACUGCUGUUAGACCUCGAAAAGUACCCCGUCUCAACGAUCCAUCCUCCUCCGUUGGCUCUGUCGAGCCGGCCUCCUCAUUAAAAAUGCCUCCUUCUUCAUCCUCUCGCCGACCCCGAAAAGAAACCCCUCGCAUUGGCCGUGGUCCCAAACUUCCUCUACAUCCAGGACCAAUACACGACAAACAACUAAUUCUGAAUGAAUAUAACACCCCAGCCAAGCCUAUCGCUCCCAAACAUGUUGACACCCCAAGGAACUCGGUCAACAACUUUGCCGUUCAACUCCUUGGUACUGUGCCGAAAUACGACAGCGUCGCUGGUUUGCUGAAUGGUAUCCCAAACUGGCGAACAACAGUGAAAAUCGAAACCAACCCUCCCAUUGUUGGAGUGGGUGAUAACCAAACGAAAUCCGAGUCAAUACUACUCGCUGCCCUGUCUGCUGCCUUACAGAUACAUCGCAUGGGAAUUCUGGACAACCCUCCCAAGAUAAAGCCCGCGGUAGCGACCAGUGUCACUUUAUCCGACUCGACCACGGCAACCUACGAGCAGGCCCGCACCUUCAUGGACUAUUAUUGCCGUCGAUUUGGUUUCGCAAAGCCAGAAGUCACUUUUGAGGAGAAAAAGGGCGGAUGGGAGGCUUUCCUUGAUGUUGGAGGGCGCAGAAUUGGAAUUGGGAAGGCCGUGAGCAAGAAGAAUGCUCAGGUUGCCUGCUAUCUGGAUGUCACAGCCUACCUAGAGGGCUGCGACCAUGACCUUUGGAAAACCUAUCUGGAAGCGUCUCACGCUGGAACCGCAUUAGGCAUGGCACCCAGUGUCUAUUUCGAGAUGAGCGAUCGACUCGAUGAUGACAUUCGCGAUUUAUGCGCUGAUGUCAAGCAGAGUCAACUUUAUCGGCGUCGACCCGCAGUCGCCAAUGAAUCUCUCAUACCUAGUUCUACCCUAUCUUAUCAACCACCUCCCCGUGUCGAACGUCGACUCCCGAAUCCAGUCAUGCUCGCCGAAAAAUCAGCCAAGCUCCAACAACGACGUGAAGCCUAUCUCAGCGAACCUCGACUCGAAACAAUAAGGAACCAGCGGAAAUCUCUCCCAGUUUAUAGCCGAGCAGAGGAUGUCCUCGCCCACAUCAACGAAAACGAAGUUACAAUUUGCAUGGCAGCGACUGGCUCAGGAAAAACUACCCAAAUUCCACAGCUCAUUCUCGACAGUUUUAUUGAACGUGGAGAAGGCGCAUCGUGUAAUGUUGUUUGUACCCAGCCACGCCGUCUUGCGGCACUUAGUGUCGCCGACCGAGUCGCAAAGGAGCGAGGAGAGUCUCUAGGUCAAUCCGUGGGGUACCAAGUUCGAUUCGAGGCCAAACUCCCUGAAGAACAUGGCGCCAUCACAUUCUGCACGACUGGAGUUUUUCUCAAACGGAUGCAAUCUAGCUUAGCGGGCGACAAUCGUUUUGAGGGUCGCUCGUUGGAUGAUGUCACCCACGUGGUGGUAGACGAAGUUCACGAGCGAGAUGUUGACACGGACAUUCUGCUUGUGGUGUUGAAGCAGAUGAUGGAGGAUCGCAAGAAGCGGAAAAUUCCCCUGAAGAUCAUCCUCAUGAGUGCUACGAUUGACCCAUCGCUUUUCCAACAAUACUUCCCUGAUGAACACGGUCGGCCCGCUCCAGUCAUCGAGGUUCCUGGUCGCUCAUUCCCCGUCACCAAACAUUUUAUGGAAGACUUCAUGCCUGCCAUCCUGAAGGGCCCUGCGUCUUGGAUUAUGCGAGAACCCGCUGUAGCCAAGUAUGUCGAGAAAGAAACAUCCAUGACAAACCCUUCCGGUCACGAAGAAGAACUAGAUCUUCCUCCCCAGCUGGUGGCAGCUACUGUGGCUCAUGUUCUCCAACUCACCGACUCUGGUCAUGUCCUCGUAUUUUUGCCUGGUUGGGAUGAUAUUAUUGCUGUCCAAAAAGUUUUGCAAAACCCCUUCGGUCCCUUGGGCGCCGACUUCAACGAUCCUUCUCAAUAUUCUCUCCAUCUUCUCCACUCCAGCAUUCCGUUGGCAGAGCAACAGGUCAUAUUUGACCCUCCUCCAACUGGGGUGCGCCGCAUUAUCCUAUCGACCAACAUCGCGGAAACCUCCGUCACGAUUCCUGAUGUUGUGUAUGUCGUGGAUACCGCCAAGAUCAAAGAGCAGAGAUACGACCCUCAGCGUCACAUGUCAUCCCUCGUCUCAGCGUGGGUGGGCACAUCGAAUCUGAAUCAACGGGCCGGACGAGCCGGACGCCAUCGUCCCGGCGAAUAUUACGGGCUAUUGGGUAGUGCUCAUGCACAAGCCCUGCAUGCUUACCAAACUGUGGAAAUGAAGCGAGUUGACUUGAGUAAUGUUGUUAUGCAUGUCAAGGCGCUCAACUUCCCCGGCAUGUCAGUCGAGGAGGUUUUAGCUGAUUGCAUCGAACCCCCAAUGCCAGAUCGAGUCGCCGCUGCAAUGAAAGAUUUGAAAAUGGUCGGGGCAUUGGAUGCGCAGAAGAACCUAACCUCCCUUGGCCGCGUACUUCUCCAGAUUCCUGUUGAUGUCCAGCUUGGUCGUCUUGUUCUUUAUGGCUGUUUCUUCCGCUGCCUCGAUCAGGCUUUGACUUUGGCGGCCAUCUUAUCGAACCGAGAUGCUUUCAUGUCGCCGAUGCAUCUCAAGGUGGAGGCUGCAAAGGCAAAACUGUCAUGGACCAGUCAGCAGUUCCGUUCGGAUGCCCUUGCUGGACUGAAUGCUUUCAACAUUUGGUGGGGGUAUCAAUCCAAGGGGGAGUACAUGACCGCCAACCGAUUCUGCUCGGAUAACUUCUUGUCAAAACCAACUCUCCUGAUGAUCCAAAAAAUCAAAGUUCAUUUACUGCAGUCCCUCUUCCGCGCUGGUGUCAUCGACGUUUCCGCUGGUGGCAUGGCUUCAGGAUCGCUUGGGACAAGGAAUGUUCAAGUCCCGCCUGCGCUCAACGUCAAUGGUGACUCGCAAGCUUUAUUAGCAGCGUUGAUAGCCAUUGCAUCUCAACCCAAGUUUGCGAUUCGGACCGGAGAAAAAUCUUUCCGCACCGCACAGGACAAGCUUGUCUUCAUCCACCCAUCGAGCGUCAACAAUAGGAAACACACAGCGUCAGAGACUCGCGAAGAAAAACAACUCUUUGCUUACAUGGAAAAACGACAAAACGCGACAAUAUCUUCAACCCCACAAACAAAUCUGGUCACCACAACACGGUUGGACCCUUUGACCUAUAUGCUCUUUGGAGCCUAUAAACUGGAAGUGGCACAGCGUGGACUUGAAUGCGACGGCUGGCUUCCUAUUGUCGGUAACGUCGAUGCUUUGGACGACGUGCAGCGACUCAAAACACUGAUGGAAUCAAGUAUGCUCCGGGUUUUCGAGGGAAUCUCUAUGACACGACGGCGUUCUCGCCGUAACCACCUACCAAUACUACCAAGAGAAGAGGAAGCCGAGUCGGAGAUGGACGAUGAUGAAACUCGAGAUCUCUCACUCUCUAAAGAGGAAAUUAAGGAGUUCGACCUGUUAACGCGGGACAUCGUUCGUAUCUUGAACCAGUAUAGUGAAGAGAGGGGAGGCUCACAGUCUCGACAAUCUUCCAGGCCAGCAACUCCGUAUGGAAGGCCUGGCUCCGGCAUUGCUACACCUAUUUCUCUUUCGCGGCCGUCAACACCUAACCGCGGGCGCUUUAUGCCUUUCUCAUAG